AUGGCGCGGAGCACGCUCUCCUCCCGCUUCCGCCGCCUCGACAUCGACCAGUACGACGAGAACCGGUUCGUGGAGGAGCCCGAGGAGGCGGCGGCGGCUGGGCCCGACGCCUGCCCGGAGGUGGAGGCGCUGCUGAGGCACCCGCGGUGCACAGGGGACGCGCUGCGAGCUUUCCACGCCGCCAUUCGGAGCCAUCCCGUGAACAGCAAGAACCCAGCGGUGAAGGAGCAGGCCCAGGGAACCAUGCUUAAAGUCCUCACGUCUUUUAAAAGCAGUGAAAUAGAACAAGCAGUGAAUUCCUUAGACAGAAAUGGCAUUGACUUGUUAAUGAAGUACAUUUAUAAAGGAUUUGAAAAGCCGACAGAAAAUAGCAGUGCAAUAUUACUUCAGUGGCAUGAAAAGGCAUUAGCAGUAGGUGGACUAGGUUCCAUAGUAAGAGUUCUUACAGCAAGAAAGACUGUUUAAAAGACUGUUAAGUUGAACAAGGCAACGAUCAGUCUCGGACUCAGAAGAAGGAAGUGUCACUGGUCCAUCUUUAUUAGAGAUUGCAAUCCACUGAAAUACUCUGGAAACCUCCUCCUGGAAUGCUUUUAACCUUACUGGUGGGGGAAGAGUAAAGGUAUUCCUGCAUAUUCUGACUAUCCAAUACAGGAGCCAAGCUGUCCUCCUGAUCCCUUCUUUACAAAGCAGGAGAAGGCACGCUCCUGCCUCCUGUCACUGCAGUGAGCAGGUAUUUCAGAUGCUGCUGUAUGGAAGCGUGGUGGUACGAGAUCGUGUGUGUACUGCUGACUGCAGAGGGAGCGAUGGCCUUGGCAGAUGCAAGAUCCUGACAGCUUCUGGGUGGAGAGGUGUUUGUUAGAACGCUGGGUUUGUGUGGUCAAAGGACUAGUUGGACUACAGGGGUGGUUUAAAUGUGAAGUGCCUGCU